AUGUUCAACCGUCUAAUACUUGUUACAUGUUUUAUAAUACCUACUGCAAGGGCAAGUGGUUGGGAUGACUUCACAGAUAAUCUUGCUACGGACCUGGCACCAUUGAUCUCUCUCUUUGGAGAAAGACUUACGACCCAGUUUCUCUCGGAGUCUAUUAGCCUCCUAGAUAAUUUUAUCUUUGCCGUAGCCCCGCUGGGGAUUUUGACGGCCGUGGUCUCCGUCAUUCGAGUCUGCGGAAAUCCAUCCCUUCGAGCAUUCAUCGGGAGGGCCCAAGAAGGCCCCGGGGAGGCAGAUCACGAGUUACUGUCAUGUGUGUCGGAGACUACGGCCGAAUUAUUCAACAAUGGAGGCAUUUCCCGCGUUUUCGGACGUCCUCGCCUAUUGGAGGUAGUGGUGUGGAAAGACAGAGACCCUGCAAGCAAAAUGGAUUGUUGGAAAACAGGAACUUUGCGUGAGGCUCUCCAACAGGGCGCGUGGGCCUCAAGAGAUGGAAGUUGCAAUCUCCACGACAAAGAGGACUUUUUGCCGGAACUCGAAAUACCGAAUUUGUCUCUGAACAAGGGCAUUGUCAGAAGGAGUCAGGCUUGGUUUUACUGUGCUGCUAUAGCAGGAUUUGUGUUGCAGAUAGGCGUCCUUGCUUAUUCUGCGUUAACUGUUUUUAUAUAUCCGGAUCGGUUCCAGAAGGAUGGAGAACCGGUGGAAGACUAUGCUUUCCCACUUUUCUUCAUCGGAACGAUAUGCCUCUGUACUGGAAUGUUCCUUUGCGCUUUUAUUAUCGAGCGUUCGUCGAAGGAGUUUUAUUUUCAUCCUGUCAAGCCUAGUAAGAUCUACUGGCUACAACCAGGGGGGCAGAACGUUGGAGACCAAGUCUUCGACUCUUUUCUUGCAGUCAACGAGGGACCUGACUCUCAACCUGCUGAAGGCCUUAGAUAUAUAAAGUCUAUACGGGACCAUACAUUCCAAGACAGCCCGUAUAUACUCAUCUUUACCAUCGCAUUUACGCUAAUUGGCUUCGUGGCCCAAUUUGUUGGCCUUCGAGGGUUACAUUCUUCAGUGACCUUAGCACAGAUGGGGUCCACGCUCGUUAUGGCUAUCGUCAGAACAUGUCUUCGUACAAAAAGAAUCAGCUCGAAGGAAAAUCGCCUUGCUAAGCAGGAACAGAGACUUGCCUCUUACAAAAACCAAGAGCUUGAUUGUUUUGCUUUCCACCUUGAGAAAGUGAAAUCGUUCGGUUUAGUCUCCGUUACAGCGAGAGGAUCAUCGUCAUACCAGCCCAGCCUUGCAUCAAAUACGUCAACAGCCAACUCCGUACAGCUGACUGGGUUAGGAGCUACGCUCAUACAAACACGAGCCCAGCUAGCCGCACUUACCUCAGAUACUAGCAAACUUCGAGAUCUGGGUUGGGAUAACCUACCAAUUCGACAAAUGGCUCGGAGCUUAGCCCAAGCACUCGAGAUGACAAUGGACUUAGUAUCAACCUGGACGAAAGCUUUAGAUACUUUGGACGGCUUUGAUCUUGCGUUCGUGUGUCAGUCACAUCAGAAAUCCAUUGCCCCUGUCGUGGAGAACUACAGAAUUAGUUUAGAGAAGACGGACGAUACUCUACACUGGCGGGUGAGCGAACACAAGCUGGAGGCUGUGCUGGGAUUAUGGACAUGGUCUUUGCUGAGUUCUACAAAUGGCUCCAACUGGCUGCGGAAUGGACUGGGUCGCCUUGUCGGCCUAGACGAAUCAGAGGCAAGAGCUGAGGACACCGACCUUUACUUCCACAAAUGGAUGUUUCGUCAAACCGAAGCAAGAAUGGUUUCAUCCAAGAUGAUAUCCUUGCCUCAGGAGAUGUUUGGCUUUUACUCAGACGAAUUCCCAGACGAAAAGGAUAUCCUCGUUGUGAGAACGAAAAAUAACUUAGAGACCAUGGCGGCUCAAGAUAUAUAUAUUCACUUUCUGAAAAGCGUGCUAAGAAACUUGGAAGCACUCGGCGGAGAUAUCAACGUCCUCCCUGGCUAUCAGAACAGACUGUAUGCCUAUAGCAGUCAUCUCGAAGAGCUUGUGGAUUGCGUUGAAUCAAGCGGUUUGGGCUCCAGAGAAGACGCAUUGUUGUGCAUAGUCCCAAUCAUGAAAAACCAUGGCCUAUUACCUGAACUCGAUGGUGGCUCGGGUAUUGUUCAAGGCCGAAUCGAGGAACUCAUAGCUAGCAAAAGCUGGACAGAUGCAUUCUCUACCAUGCGGUGGCUAUGCGAAUGUUGUGAAGGAGUAGAGUUCGAAUAUUCUCUCUUCGAGCUAGGCUAUCUUUGUCGUCGUGCAAUGCUGCAGCUGGAUCCCAACCUGCAAAGAGAAGGGUUUGAACAAGCCUGCCUCGCAAUAGCAGCUGACCCGAGGAGCAACUACUUUGAGAAGUUGGGGAGCACUCGUCCAACAAGCUGGAUGAACACAACGAAGCGGCUAGAGUGCUGGAAAGAAAUAUCCCUCCAAGUAGGGUGGGUGAUGUGGCACAUCGUUCAAAAACACUCUCAUAAACAAUCGAUGCAAGAUACCCUGACUUCUCUCGGAAUCAGUGGCAACUGCGUGUCAAUGGCGAACGGAGUGAAUGAUGAGGAGCAGAAGAGAAGAGCAAUGCAAGCGGUGUUGCAUUGGUUGACCAAUAGUGACGAAAAACUUUUCAGUCGCGAUCUGCUUGGCAUAGAUGAUCGGUUAGCUUUGGAUUGGGUGUGUCAAAAUGGACAUCACGCACUUAUGCAUUGGCUCAUUGCAAGAUGGGUUGAAUUCGAUAAGCGGUGUCCAGGGGCUGUUUACAACAUCAUUCUAUGGGUUGUUGAAGGGCGCUAUCGACCAGCCUUUGCCUCCCUCCGUCGGCGUGGAGCUAAUAUGGACGCGCAGAAUGCUACAACUGGUUCAACCGUUCUCAUAGAUAAGAUAAUGGAAUCUGAUCAGCAAGCAGUCGAGGAACUUCUCGGUGCUGGUGCUGAUAUUGAUGGAAGACACGCCAAUGGAGCAACACCCUUGACGGUCGCCUGCCAUGCAGGAGACGUGGGCAUGGUUUCUCUGCUUCUAAGCAAGGGAGCCACGGUCAAUAUCCAAAAUGCUGACGGCUUCAGUCCUUUGAUAUGUUCAAUUCUCGAGAAUCAUGUUGCUGUUGCUCGAGCUCUUUUCGAUCACGGAGCAGACCCAAAUAUGAGUAACUUUGGUGCGAGCACGCCUUUAAUGAGGGCAGCAGCAGAUAAUCGUGUAGAAAUGGUGGAACUGCUCCUUUCACGGGGAGCGGAUGUGGAUAUGCAAACACAGGAUGGAGACACUGCUCUUAUGCUAGCAGCUCGAAAUGAAUGUACCGAAGCCACAAAACUUCUAUUGAAGCAUGGCGCUGACAUCAACAAACGCAUGUUGGGCGGAAGAACAGCCCUUGAAUGGGCCCAAAAGGCAUAUGAAACAGAGGCCUUCAAACUACUCGAAGCAGCGUCAGCAAAGUACUCGUGA